ACACAUGCAUGUCUCCUCACUGUGUAACCUCGCGUGCCUUAACUGUCCGUAGUAGAAGUUUCGCUGAAAAGGGGAAAUCUUGUCAGAGUUUCUUUAAAGCAGCCCUUUGAUUAUCAUAGAUCCGCCCAGUGGUUAUCCAGUUACCGGCCUCUUUACAGCUAUUGGCUGGAAGCAGCUAAUUAUGCAAGGUAGUGAAUCCCUGUGGGGGAGGUGGGGCCAAAACUGAAAGAACUCCUUUGGCAGGCAGAAUAGAGCUUUUAUUGAGGAUAUUUCUAAGCUGACCAUCAAGGACCAAAUCGCUGGAUUGUUAAAAAAAAAAAAAAAAAAAAAUCUCAGCUGAAUCACGCUGCUCCCCCUCUUUCAUUCCUUCCCUCGUUUCAUUUCAGUGAGACGGAGUGUGGCUCUCAUGCAGUACUCAGCAGCAAGCAGAAUGCAAGGAAUCUACAGUAUUCCCCCGUCUCACACAAGAAGCCCAGUUCACUCCUGAAGGACAAGAGAGUGAGGAGAGAAAGAGGCAGAGCCAGAGAGCAGUCAGAGGAGGAUUCACACUGCUGUGGUUGAGAGGAGGAACGUACGGUCUUGUCCUGUUCUGCUCUAUUCUGCUCUGCUCUUGUUGCCUCAGGUGUGCGUGCUCCUCCCUCCCCAUCCACCGUGCCUGCUGUCAGCUCCAUCCCUGGCUGGCUGAGGCCAUGGUGUUGGUGCUGCGAGCCCUGCUGCCCUGCUUCUGCACCCUGCUCUCCCUGGACCUGCUGCCUGGGGUGAAACCCGCUGUGCCCCUGGAGGACUUCUACCCCUUUGGCCAGGACGAGGGGGACUUUCAGACCAUCGCUCAGGACGACGGAGGCUCCAGGCUGGUGGAGAUCUCUGUGGCUUUCCCCUUCUUUGGUGACAGGCACACAGGACUCUAUGUUAAUAACAACGGCCUGGUGUCUUUCCUGAGGGAGGUUUCUCAGUUCACACCUGUGGCUUUUCCGAUCGCCGGAGACAGAAGGGUCGUAGCACCCUUUUGGGCUGAUGUGGACAACCGGCGAGCGGGAAAGGUCUUCUACAGAGAGAGCCUGGAUCACUCCAUCCUGAGGAGGGCUUCAGGUGACGUCAGAACGUACUUCUCAGAGUUCCCAAACUUCAAUGCAACAUGGGUCCUCAUCUCCACAUGGCACCAAGUUACAUUCUUUGGAGGAAACUCUAAUACACCGGUAAAUACUUUCCAAGUGGUGCUCAUUACAGAUGGAGAGCUUUCCUUCACUAUUUUCCAGUACAAUAAUAUCACUUGGACUACAGGCAUGCAUGCCAGCAGUGGAGGAAACCUGAUUGGGCUGGGAGGAAUUGCUGCACAGGCAGGUUUCAAUGCCGGUGAUGGAAAGCGUUAUUUCAACAUCCCCGGCUCUCGCACAGCAGAUGUGGUGAACGUGGAGGGGACCACCAACGUGGGCUACCCUGGCAGAUGGGUCUUCCGUAUAGAUGAUGCCAAUGUUGAAGUGGGUGGCUGCAAUGACUCAGCAUCCGUUUGCCCACACCUGAGACCUUGUCUGAACGGGGGCCAGUGCAUCGAUGACUGCAUUACAGGUAACCCCUCCUUCACCUGCUCCUGCUUGGCUGGAUUCACCGGUCGACGAUGCCAGAUAGAUGUUGAUGAGUGUGCCUCUAGUCCAUGCCAGAAUGAAGGGACCUGUGAAGACCAGAUUAACGGUUUCAUCUGUCACUGCCCUCCUGGAUACACUGGGAGUCAGUGUGAAACAGACAUUGACGAGUGCAGAGACAGGCCGUGCCUCAACAACGCCUUGUGUGUACAAGGAAGUGGCAGCUUCACUUGUGUAUGUGAACCGGGUUACACUGGUGUCCUCUGUGAGACAGACAUAAAUGAAUGCGAGUCACAGCCCUGUCUGAACGGAGGAGAGUGCAUCGAUCAGGUGGCCAACUUCACCUGUGUUUGUCCGGCUGCCUUCACUGGAAUGCUCUGUGAGACAGAGUUGGUUGCGCUUCAGGUCAAUUCAACUGAAGCAGAAAACCAAACAGACUCAUGCAAAGAAGAAGACGAUUGUAAAAAGCACCAGAUCUGUGAACACACCAGCUCUGGAGUCUACAACUGCACAUGUGCUCCAGGUUUCUACGGCGACAAGUGUGAAGAGGAGUGUCUCUGCCAGAAUGGGGGUGUCUGUGUCGACAACAAUGGGACCUGUGAGUGUCCAUCAGGUUACACAGGGCCCCACUGUCAGUUUGAAGUAACCCAGACGCCGUGCAGUCACAGCAGGCCGUGCCCUGAUGGAGGUCCAUGUUUGGAGUACGGAGGAACCUACCUGUGUACCUGUCAGACGAGUCCAUCAGAGCUGGAUCACAAGGACUUCUACCCCUAUGUACAGCCCCGAUCAGUCUGCGACUCCUCUCCGUGUCUGAAUGGAGGAUACUGCUACGAGCGGGAUGGAGGCUACAGCUGUGAAUGCAAAUAUGGAUACUGGGGGAAGCACUGUGAAAAAGUUAGACUCAAUACCUGUGCUUCUGGUCCCUGUCGCAAUGGAGGCUCCUGUAAGGAGGAAGGAGGGAGCUACAGAUGUGUGUGUCCUUACAGAUUCACUGGAAAACAUUGUGAAGUGGGUAAGCCGGACCCUUGUGCCUCCAGCCCGUGUCUGAACAGCGGAACAUGUUUUCACUACAUCGGAAAGUACAAAUGUGAAUGCACUGAGGCCUUCAGCGGCAGACAUUGUGAAAUAAACAUCAGCUCCAUACAAACAUCCACAGAGCCGGGAUGUGGGCCACCUCCUCAAGGGAGACACGCCGAGGUUCAGUUCUCCUCAACAACACCAGGCUCUGUGGCUGUGUAUGUGUGCCAUCCAGGCUUCAUGCCUGUGCCCAGAGCCACCCAGAGCAUCUGUGGCAUUCAGGGAGACUGGAGCCAGCCGCCCAUUUGUGAGGAGGUCAAUGAGUGCCUGUUAAAGCCUUGUCUUAAUGGCGGUACGUGUCGAAAUCAGGUUGGAUCCUACCAGUGUGAGUGUGCUGAAGGCUUCAGUGGAAAGCGCUGUCAGACAGACAUUAAUGAAUGCCUGAUUGAGCCUUGUCUACAUGGGGGGACAUGUGAGAACCAGCUGGGUACCUACGUGUGUCACUGUCCACAAGGAUUUAAAGGCCAAAAUUGUGAGACAGAGCAGGACGCAUGUGAUUCCAGCCCCUGUCUAAAUGGAGGUUUGUGUCGAGGUUACAGACGGAACUAUCUGUGUGUGUGUAAAGACGGUUUCUUCGGGGACCAGUGCCAGAUGUUGGAGAACCCAUGUGUGCUGCAGCCUUGUGGAAACCGGGGAGUGUGCAGGAGUGACAGGAGGGGAAACUACAACUGUGUGUGCAGAGUGGGACACACAGGCAAAGACUGUGAGAAAGACCUGUUGCCUCCCUCUGGUCUCCAUGUGCUACGUGUGGAGGAGAAUGAGGUGGAGCUGCGCUGGGAUGAGCCAGACCCCUCUCACACACUGAUCAGCGGUUUUGUUGUCACCUAUGGUCCCCUCGGCUGGAGCAAUCUCAAGUCUGACUCUCUGGACAGACAGAAGACCACUCAUGUCAUGCGAGGCCUGGUGCCCGGCCUGCUCUACAACAUCUCCACCUUCUCCACCAAACGCAACACCAACAGCAAUGACAUCAGUCAACCUGCCACUGCACUCAUACGCACAAGACCUCCACGGGUCGAGGAGCUGCAAGUGUUGAAUGUUUCCUCCUCUCAGGUGUGGCUGAGCUGGAUGGUUCAGGCAGCUCGACAUGCAGCAGUCAGCAGGGUGCACGUGUCUCUGUUGCCCUCAGAUGGGGGUGAAGCUCGGACUGUUGUGCUCAACACAAGCACCAUGGAGCAUUCCUUCAGUUCAUUAAACCCCGGCCAGAUGUACACAGUGGAUGUAGUAACUCAAAGUGGAAUCAGACCUGUUGAAUUUCCCUCCACCAGUCAUUCAGCUGGACCACUGCAAUUCUGGACAAGGCCUCUUCCCCCACAGAAUCUCUCACUGUCACAUGUGACCACUAAUUCUGCACUGAUCACCUGGAGCCGCCACCCGAGAAGCAUCCCAGACGGCUUUGUGGUCAAUGUGACCCGAGGGUUGAAUACCAGGAGUCGUUUCCUGCCCAACGGGAAGUUGGGAUCAUACACUCUGCGAGAACUCACGCCAGGACAGCACUACUAUGUGUCUCUAACAUCAGUCAGAAACACGGGACAGGAGCAGAUCCACAGCAUACCUCAACACUUAGCCUUCACUACCUUGCCAAUGGAGGCAAGGUCGGGGAGGAGAGAGAGGCCAACAUUAAGUGGACAGGGGACUGCGAUUGGACGCACAGUAGCUCCAUCUCAGCCUCAAGACCUGGGGGGCACAGCAGAAACUGAGAACUCAGAGGAGCUGCACAGGUACACAGAACUCAUUGACAGAAGAGGAAAGAUAACAGCAAAGUUCACUCACCUGCCUCGAAAAGCCAUCCGACAUCGUACCAAACCCGACCCACCGGUUAAAUUAGAAAGGAUGGAAGAAACAACAAACAAAAUCAGUCUUGCACUUGAGAUUCAAGAAGAAGGUUCAAGAACAAAACCUGAGCUGCCACAGGACUGCCGCAGUCUGCAGUGCCAGAACGGUGGAACAUGUGUGAACGGAGGCGACGCCUUCAUCUGCGACUGUGCCGCGGGGUUCAAGGGCAGACAGUGUGAACUGUUGUGCCAGCGAGUGCCGCACCCCUGUACCCGCCUGUACUCUGAGACCAAGAGCGUGCCCGUGUGGGAGGGCGGAGUCUGCCACUACAUUUAUAAAAGGACGUAUAAAGUACAGCAGGAUGUUUGUUAUCGAGAGAUUUGUGAAACGACACUUCCAAAGAGAAAUCACAAGAGAAGAACAAACAGACAACAGUAAAGAGCACUUGGAUAGAAGGACUGUCAUCACUGUCAUGUGAAAAUCCUAACUUCAUUUUUGGUGUUUAUAAUCUACUUGAAGUGACUGAUUAUGGCGAUGUUUGUGCUGUCAGAACCCACUGUAACAUUUUAGAAAUCAUCUGAAAAUAAGGCUGUAUUUGUUCAUUCCUGAGAGCUGUGUAUGUGUGGUUGCGUGCUUCCUAAGAGGAUUUUAAUCAAUCAAAUGAAAAAGUGGCCCUUAUCAUGAUGUUUGAUGACUGAUAUACCUCAGCUACACGUCCGUGCUGACACAUUAGGAGAGGUUUCUGUGAUUCAACUGCAGGUUUGUCCCUCAGGGAAAUAACUGUAGAGUUUAUCUUUAUACCAGCCCCCACGAUUCACUGAUAAAGAUGAUGGGAAAUGUUUGUUUUCUCCACACCCCGCAAAUUCAUCUCUUCCUCUGACAAUGGCGCACAGUGUUGUCUGAGUAUAAAUAUCUUUCUCUGUGUCUUAGCGGGCUUCACUGCAGCUCGCUACUCUGUAAAUAGUGUUUAUAGGCCAU